AUGUUUUGGAAGAGGAAAACGAAGAAGAUGUAUUUAAACGGUAUUCCAGUAACAGCAAUAGUUAUGUAAAGAGAAAAAGAUAUUCCUCCAUUAGUAGCACUGCUUCUUCAUUGGACGCUCUGUGGGAGUCGCACCAUCAUCGACUGAGUGAAGCAGGACUCAGCCGUCACUCAGAUUCCAGUGCUGUCCUCACCGAAGAUACCGACAGUUUCAUAAUAGGCCAACGAGUAUGGGUUUCGGGUACCAAACCGGGUCACAUUGCCUUCAUUGGCGAAACCCAAUUCGCGCCAGGAGAAUGGGCCGGUAUAGCUUUAGAUGAACCAAUCGGUAAGAACGACGGUUCAGUGGGAGGGAUACGAUACUUUCAAUGUGAACCGAAGAAAGGAGUUUUUUCGAGAUUGACCAGGCUCACAAGAGUACCAUUAGCCCAAGAAGGUAUGGGUUCUGGAGAAACCUACGCUACGACUCCAUCUCCUGUAGGUAAUGGCACCAGGAGAAGCCCCAUUUCUCCUACCGGAAGCACUAAGGGGUUGUUCCGGACUCCUCCAUCAGUCGCUGGUUCGAUAGCUAGUAUGACUUCAACAACAUCCCACGUGAUUGAUUACAGAAUAGGUGAUCGAGUGAUCAUCAAAAGUGGACAAGGUUCCAAAGUUGGUACAGUCAGAUUUAUAGGAACAACUGAGUUCGCACCUGGAGAAUGGGUAGGAGUCGAAUUAGACGACCCUCGAGGAAAAAAUGACGGAUCCGUCAAUGGAGUUAGGUACUUCGAAUGUCGACCAAACUUCGGGCUGUUUGCUCCGAUUUCAAAGGUCAGUAAGUCUCCCUCAAAAGUAAGGCCGAGUAGUUGUCAGGUUCACCAAGGAGGUCCUGGUCUACCGCCUAGUGGUUUGAAGCGGGCGAAUUCCAAAGAAUCGAUGUCAAAUAUGUCGAUGACGAGUGCAACAUCGAGCAUCAGAAGGGUAAGACUUGGAGUGACGUCAUUAGCUCCAAAGAAAAGUCCGUUAAAAACGACAACCACGCCAAUUCCUACGAGGACAGCUCUUCAGGACGUCUUGAAGGAGAAACAACAGCACAUUGAACAGCUUCUGAAAGAGCGAGAUCUUGAGAGAGCAGAAAUUACCAAAGCUUUAAGCCUAGCAGACGAAGCCGAGCAAAAAUAUAAUACCCUCAGACAAGAGCACGAAAGGUAUCGUUCAGAAUGCGAAACCAAAUUGAAGGAACACAUGAAUCUAUUCAACAAAUUGAAGGAAGACAGACGUGACCUGGUAUCUCAGUUAGAAGAAGAGAAAAGAAAAAAUGAAGAUCUUCAGUUCAGAAUAGAAGAAUCAUCGAUAUCCAAGGAGGACAUAGAGAAAAAAAUGUUAGCCCAAAGUCUUUCAAAUGAGAACUAUGUGGCAAAAAUAAAGGAAUUAGAAGAACAACUAUCUAAAGAACGUGACAAAAUCGAUAGCUAUGAGUCGGAUGCCAACAAACACUUCGAAGCGGAAGAAAAAUUAAUUAGAGCUAAAGAGGAAAUUGAAUCUCUGCGUAAGCAACUGCAGGAAGCUAGAACUAGAGAGCUUUUGCUAGAAGGUUCUAGUGCCACAACUACAUCACUCAUAUCAUCUUUAGAGAAGGAAACAGACCAAUGUAAAAUCGAUAUAGAAGAAAAGAAUGAAAUUAUUUCGGUUCUCAAACAAGAAAUAAAUCAGCUCACCAUCAACUUGAAGAAAAAUUUAGAGGAUAGUACGAACAUGAAGACUGAUUUCGAGGCCUUAUGUAAUGUUAAGGACAAGGAAAUAUGUGAUAUCAAAAAUGAACUUAAUCAAAUGAAUGCAUUGGUACAGGAGAAAAUCGAGGCAUUGUCAAAAAUAAGUUCUGAGAAGCUGAGUGUGGAAGGUUCUUUGGAAAAAGAAAUUGAACGGUUGAAGAUGGACUUGAGUUCCAAAAUUUUAGAUUUAGAAUCAAUGGGCGACAAUAUGAAAGCUAAAGAAGAAGAACUUGGAAAAAUACAAAAAGAACAAGAAGCACUGAUUGAGCAAUUGAAAAAUAAAGGUCAUAGUCAUGAUGAAGUUAUAAAAGAUUUCACGGCAAAAAUUUCAGAACGCGACAAAAAAAUCGAAGAAAUGAGUAAGUUAAAUAGUGUCCAACUAGAAGAAAUCGGGGUUUUGAGAAACGAACUACAAAUGCUGAAGAACGAUAUUGAAACUGCGAAUUUGAAAAUGACAAGUGACUUUGAAAAAACUUUGGGAGAAAAAGAUUCUAAAUUGAAAGAACUGUUGUUGGAAAUUGAUCAGAAAAACGAGGAGUUGUUAAAAAAUAACGACAUUAUUAAAAAUUUGAACAGUGAACUCCAGAAUAAAGCUACUGAAAUAGAUAAAAUAAAAUGCGAAUCCGAUAGGAUUAAGCAAGAAUACGAAAUUAUCAUUUCAAAAAAAAGUUCGGAAAUCGAUCUAAUCUCCGAAAAUUUGAAAGGUAAAGACAUUCUAAUACAAACCCUUCAGACUGAUUUACAAACGACAAAAGUUGAUCUUGAAUCAGUGACCAAUAAUUUGCAACAAUACCAAACGAACUUAAGUGACGUAGAGAUGAAUUUGACGAAAGAACGAGAUGAAAUUAAAGAAUCAUUGAAAUCGAAAAUAAUUGAAUUAGAAGAAGCAAAAUCAGAAUUUUCAAAGAACAUUUCGGAAAGAGAUGAACAGCUUAUUAGUGUCACUGCAGAGCUGGCUGAGAAAAAUAAACAGCUAGAGAAUUUGGUGAGAGAUUUCGAGAGUUACAAGGAAAACAAUGAGUCAUCAAAUAAGGCUUUACUGGAAGUUCAUGGUAAACAAUUAGCUGAGAGUGAAGAAAAAAUCAAGCAGCUCAAAGAAGACAUGCAAAGAAAAGAUGAUGAGGUCACUAGUAAUGCUAUCAAGUUCAGUCACCUGGAAGAAAAGUAUAAAGAAAAGCAGUUAGAAGUUGAUAACCUCACAAUGAGAUUGGAAGAAAUUGCAAAAAUCGAGGAAUCUGAAUCUUUGAAAGUUUCAAAAUUGAAAGAAGAAGCCAUCAUUAUCUUGAAGGAUAAAGAGGCGCUUGAGAAUAAAGUCAACGAUCUUGAAAAAUUGGUAAAAGAGUUAAAGGAUUCAAACGAAAAUUGCAAACAGGAACUAGCCAUUGUAUCUAAAGAACUGGAAUCUAGUGUGGAAACAAUCAAAGAGAAAUCUAAUAAAAUUGAAGUCCUAGAAAAGGAUCUCACCUCUACAAGAGAGAAUUUGGAUGCGGUAUCUAAUGAUUUGAAAAAAUAUCAAGGUGAUUUCACAGAAGUGCAAAUUAGUUUAGAAAAAGAAAGGAAUGAAAAGCUAGUUGCAUUGGAAAAUCAUACCUUAGAACUGGAAGAGGUGAAGAAAGAUUUGACCGAAAAAGUUCGUCGAAGUGAAUUUUCUCUUGCUGAAGCUAAUCUUAAUUUAGAAAAAAAAUCUGAUGAAUUGGAGAAAUUAAAAGAACAGUUGAAUGCAGUAACUAGUCAAAACGAGAAACAUUUAAAAGACAUCAACGAUAACUAUAAAAAGGAAUUUGAAGACUUGGAGAUUCGAAUAUCAGAUUUACUCACAGAAUUGGAAAAUAAAGACAGAAUUAUAGCCUCCUCAACUGAUGCAACAAAUGAGUUGAAGAAAUCAGAUAUUGAAAAAAGUCAUGAGUUGGCAGAGUUGCAAGUCAAACUGAAACAAUCUCUAGAACAAAUCCAAAUUGGAGAAGAAAAUGCCACAAAACUUAAAGGAGAAAUUGAAAGUCUCAAAGCAACCCAGGAAGAAAUUCGUAAACAACUGAGUGAUUCUCAGAAAACUGUUCUUGAACUAUCUAAACACAAGGAACAACUCACUACUGAAAUAGAAUUACACACUUCAACUUCAAAAGAAAUUAGUGAAAAGUUGGAUAAUAUUGCCAAACAACUAGAAGAAAAAGAUACGAUUUUAAAAUCAAGUAAAGAAGAAUAUGAACUUAAUAUGAGAGCGAAAGAUGAAGAGCUUCAGGAACUUGUACAUGAUAGGGAGAAUCUUGAAAAGACGUUAGAGAUCCUGAGAACUGAGCUUGAGGAAAAAAUCAAGGCUGUCUCUAACUCAGAAUAUCAAAUGAAGCAGAUCUUCGAACAAUCAAAUAAAGAUUCCCUCAAAGUUCAAGAACUACAGAAGAGUCUUGAUGAUGCAUUAUCAAAACUUAAAGAAAAGGAAGAAAAACUCUAUGUGCAAAAUCAAGAACUUGGCAAACUAAGAGAGGAAUUGAAGAAGGUUUCGUCGCAGGGAAAAAUAACAAAUGGAGUAGUGGAAUCAACAGAACCAAAUUCGGCACAGACUAAAUCAAAGAAUGAUUACAAGCAGCUGCUGGAGGAGAAGUUAUUGAUUGAAGGUCAAGUCGCAUUCCUUAACUCCAUUAUAGUGGACAUGCAGAAAAAA